GCGUUUCAUUUCCUCCUAUUCCAAUCCAGGGAUUCAAUUCAACGCAUCUCCCCUUUCUUCUUGCACUUGACGAAACAGACUCCAAUAGAAACUCUCUCUCUGUCUGUCUGUCUGGAGAAUCCCGGUUUUUUGUUUUUCAAUCAGAUCAGAUGGCCGUCUUAAUCUCGCACAUCCUCUCCUCGUCAGCCCUCCUCUCACUAGGCCUCUACCAUCUCAUUUCCACCACCCGCAAUCACCUCAAAUCCCCAACCACCUACACCGCGAAGCCCUACCAUCCUUUCUCCCUCUCGUCCUCUCAGCCCCGCAUCAAAUACCUGCAACUCUACCUCAUCAUCCUCUCCCUUCUCCUUGCCUUCGCCCACCAGACUAUCGUCUCUUCCGACUCUGACCCUCUCCUCAAGGGCCGAACUCCCGUCCACCGUUUCACCUCCCUCCAGUCUGCCGCUGUUCUCUUCCUUUUCCUCCUCCUCUCCGUCUCUCUUCUCCUCUCUGAGAUCACCUCCCUCCUCCCCUUCCCCUCCGACCUAUUCUUUGCCGUCGCCUCCGCUGUCUUCUUCCUCCAAUACUCCGUUUCUUCUGCCUCCGCCUCCGUCCAGACCUCUGACCUCCAAGCCAAAUGCGACUCCCUUUCCGCCCGAAUUUCGGCCCUCUCGGCCCUCCUCUGUUUGAUCCUCGCUUGUCAGCCCAAGCUCUUCGUCGCCGAUGUGGGUUUGGGCGCUUCAAUUUGCUUACAGGGGCUCUGGGUGUUGCAGACCGGGCUUUCGCUCUAUGUUGAGGCGUUUAUCCCUGAAGGGUGUCACAGGCUGUUGGAUGUGGUGAAUGGGGUGGAGGGGUCGACCAAGUGCGAUUUGGAGGAGUCGAGGUUGAGGGCAGUAGCGAUUCUGGAUCUGGUGUUUGUGGUUCAUGUGAUGUUUGUGGUAGUGAUUCUGUUAGUUGUCUAUGCUGCGGUGGCUAAGAGUGUCGGGAUGAGAAAGCUUGGAUCGUACGAGGCGUUGCCGACGGCGGACUUGAAUCAUGUCCAGAUGAAGGCGUUGACGGGAACCCAGGCAUGAAAUUGGUUGUAUUUUUACACCUUUUGUUUUGUUAAAUCUUUUUGUGAUUUGCAGCCGAAAUUGAUAUGUAGAAUCUACUUCUCCUCUUUCCUAGUUUUCCCUAAAUAUUGUAAUAUUGUGAAACUUCAGAGGAUUUGGUGUAUACAAAAUGCCUAGUUUUUCGAAUUGGCAGCUCA